UUUGAAAUAUUUUCUUAUAAUUUUAUUCUUAAACAUCAAUCAAAUAACUGGUACAGAUGAAAAGUUGAUUUUGUCGAAUAAUAUCGAUCAAGAUUGGUGGAAAACAACGGUAUUCUAUCAAAUUUAUCCAAGAUCAUUUCAAGAUAGUGAUGGAGACGGUGUUGGAGACUUAAAUGGAAUUAGACAACGGUUAGGGCACCUAAGUCAAUUAGGUAUCACUGCAACAUGGUUGUCACCAAUUUACAAAUCGCCAAUGGCCGAUCAUGGGUACGAUAUAAGUGAUUUCCGUGCAAUCGAUCCAUUAUUUGGUACUAUGAAUGAUUUUGAUAAGUUAAUAAGGGAAGCAAAUGGAUUGGAUAUAAAAAUCAUAAUGGAUUUUGUACCGAAUCAUUCGAGCGAUGAACACGAAUGGUUCGAAAAAUCUGUAAAACGGAUUGACCCGUAUACGGAUUAUUAUGUUUGGCAUGAUGGAAAAAUUGUGAAUGGAACACGACAACCGCCAAAUAAUUGGACCAGUGAAAUGGCACAUUCAAGUGCUUGGGAAUGGCAUUCAGAACGUAAACAAUAUUAUUAUCAUCAAUUUACAGUGAAACAGCCUGAUUUGAACUAUCGCAAUCCAAAAGUAGUUCAAGAAAUGAAAGAUAUCUUAAUAUUUUGGAUGAAAAAAGGUGUCGCUGGUUUUCGUGUAGAUGCAAUUUCUCCAUUAUUUGAAGAUGAGCAACUUCGAGACGAGCCGGUAACCAAUAAACCAGAUUGUCCUGUUCCAUCAGAUAAAUGUUAUAAAUAUCCAAUUUAUACGCGAAAUCUGCCAGAAACAUUUGAUAUGGUUGUACAAUGGCGAGAUGUUUUAAAAGAAUAUGCAGCAAAAACUGAUAAUGUUUCGAAGGUAAUGAUGGUGGAAUCAUAUGAGAGUCCACCAUUGGUAAUGAAGUAUUAUGGUAACUCAACUCAUGAUGGUGCAUGUUUCCCAUUUAAUUUUCAAUUCAUUCCAAAUGUAACCAUAGAUUCCAACGCUCAUGAAUACAAAGCAUUAAUUGAUAAAUGGAUGGAUAAUUUGCCAGAAGGCCGUGUAGCUAAUUGGGUUUUAGGGAAUCAUGACAGACAUCGUGUUGGUACCCGACUUGGUCCAGAACGAAUUGACUCAUUAAAUAUGCUUAUUAUGACCUUACCCGGAGUGGGAGUUACUUAUCAAGGUGAAGAAAUUGGUAUGGAAGAUGGUUUUGUGUCAUGGGAAGAUACUCAAGAUCCAAAUGCCUUAAAUGCGGGAGAAGAGCUGUAUCUAAAUUAUACACGUGAUCCAGAACGUACACCAUUCCAUUGGGAUGGUACAAAAAAUGCUGGAUUCAGUACAGCAAAUAAAACUUGGCUACCGGUUAGUGAGAAAUACAAGGAAACGAAUGUUAAACUGCAAUCUAAUGGAAGUAUUGAGUCACACUUAGAAGUUUAUCGACAAUUAAUACAAUUACGAGUUGAAUCAAGCUUAAAAUUUGGUGAAUUGGAAACCCUAGUCCUUAAUGAUAAUGUGUUAAUUGUCGUACGGAUACUUAAGGAAAACAAAACUAUUGUAUCAAUAUUAAAUUUGGGUAAAAAUUUGGAAAAUAUUAAAUUAAACGAUAUCAAAUCAUUUCCGAGUAAAGCAAUAUUACAAAUAAAUUCCGUUGGAGCAAAUUAUAAAACUGGGUAUGUAGUAACACGAGACUCGGUAUUACCAUUGAAACCAUACGAAGGCUAUGUAUUUCUUGAAUUUAAUAAUUAAUUAAUAAAAAAAUUUCCUUAAU